UGCGUGGCCUUUUGGGGGAGAAUAUUUUCGGUUACUUUGCUUUUGUUUAUUAGUACUUUGUUUUUUCUUUGUUGAACAGACAAUAUAAUUACAAAUAUUUUUACGAGUUAGAAUAAUAUUUUGUUUCCAGUAAAUAUGGCUGAAGAAAAUGAUGGAAACUGCAUUGGAAAUUCAAAUAAAAACGAUGAAAAAGACGCUCUGAGUAAUUCCAAAGCAUUUUAUCAACCUUGCAUCGCAAAGAUGCCCACAGAGCGUAAUGCACCUUACUACAAUAUGAAUCACAAAAAUCGUGGCGUCGCAAUUGUUUUUAAUCACGAACACUUUGAUAUCGGCGGCCUUUCCAGACGAUCCGGUACCAAUGUGGACUGUGAAUGCUUGGUUAUUCGUUUGAAGACGCUCGGUUUUGAUGUUCAAGUUUUUCACAAUCUGGAAUACUCCCAUUUAUACGCACGAGUGAGCGCUGCUGCGGAUUUAGAUCAUUGUGAUAAUGACUGUUUUAUUAUGGUGAUUUUAACACACGGCGAACUAGGAAUUUUGUAUGCCAAGGAUUCGGCAUAUAAACCAGAAAAUUUGUGGAUGCCCUUUACAGCAGAUAAAUGUCCGAGUUUAGCCGGCAAACCGAAAUUGUUUUUCAUUCAAGCUUGUCAGGGGGAUAGAUUAGAUCCGGGUGUGACACUAAACAGAACGGAAACAGAUGGGCAUCCUUGGAGCUCGUAUAGAAUUCCGACACAUGCCGAUUUUCUUCUUGUAUACUCGACUAUACCCGGCUACUAUUCUUGGAGGAAUACCGCUAAAGGAUCAUGGUUUAUUCAAGCUCUAUGUACCGAACUGGAUGAAAGUUGUGAAUUGUACGAUUUACUUACACUACUCACAUUUGUUAGUAGAAGGGUCGCUGUCGAUUAUGAAAGUAAUGUUCCUACCGAUACGAGAAUGCACUUGCAAAAACAAAUCCCCUGUAUUACAAGUAUGCUUAUACGACUUUUAAAGUUAAAUAAAAAAGGUGUAAAUCAAUUAGAAAAUGAAGGUCAAGAUACCAAAUCAAGGGAAAAGUUUAAAAACAGUUUUAGCAGCAUGUUUCAAGGCAGAGGAAAAACUAAUAGCUAUAGAAUUAACUAUUAAGACUGCAAUUAUACAUAAACCUUUGUCGAGGUGUUCCAGCAAAUCAAAUGUGAAUGCCUUGUUUUUUGUAUUAUUCACUGCUGAGCCAAUAAAAACUUAAUUUUAAGCAAUAUUAAUCUGUUUAACAUUAUAAAAAACAAUUAUCGAUUAAGUACAUCUCAAUCUGAGGUUGUUACACACGUUUUAUAAGGUCUUUCAAAUAGUGUCUUAAAAAAUUAAUGCUCAAGAUAGCAUACACAAGUUUUGUAGUGUAAAUGAAGAUGCAUGUGAAGUGAAUUUUUAAACUUGUAGCCUGUAAUUUUUAAAAUACAAAUUACAAAGUUAAA